UUACUUACUGUCUGAGAGACUGAGACACUUUUCUGACCUCUCGGGCCUCGUGACAACAACCGUGAACUCACUAUGUCUUUAGCUUCCGCUCUGUUUCAUCCAUGAGAAGACCAAUUGUCCACUGGCUUCCUGUGUCUUUGAGAUUUCGAACUCUUGUCUGUUUCUGAUCUCUACCUAAUUAUUGCAUAUCUUAGGACGCGUACGCGGCGCGAUCAGCCUGCAGCAUAUUGCCCCGACACAUACACAUAGCCGGCACCAUAUACAUGUACUGAUCACACAACUCUCUGGCAUGAGCAAGGGUUUUGUUCCCCCGAAGACAUACACUCAACGCUUAUCGUCAUAUUGCGGUUGUGAACCGCAAGACUGCUGUCUGUCUCAGGACAGUCAUCCUCGCUACUGUUGGUACUUAUUGAGGAACCGCCAUGCGAGGUUUGCAGCACAGCUAGCUGGAGAGUGUGUGCGACUGUGCCAGCAGCCCCGGUGGGUUACACGAUCAUGCCUCCAGGCUGGGUCAGCACUCUGUCCCUUGCAGAUACUCCUUGGAGGAUCAGCCAACCACCCUCAUAUCGGGAGAUAUUCGGAUUUACUAGCUACAGUACUGUUGUCCCUAUCAGCUAUCUACUGCUGUUACGGCCAAUUUCAUCCACCAGGAAAUGAAAGAUUUCUGUCUUACGCCCACCAUGAACCUACCACGAACACCUCCAUCUCAGCUCAAUUGUUUGGGAUUGAGUCGUAUGAACCAUGGAUGGAGCCCCAACCCAUGAUGGAAUUUGUAAUCGUGGUAGAAUAGAUUGUCUGGGUGACUUACAAUAGUAACCCAACAGUACCAGAGAUAGGCAGAUAUUCAGCGCAGCCAAACCCCUACGAGCACUGUUCGCGUCGAGUCCAGGAAUCAGGGACGUGUUGGACACG